AUGCGGAUGACCACCGAGGAGGCCUUCGUGAAGACGCUGCAGAUGCACGGGAUCAAGAACGCUUUUGGCAUCAUUGGCUCAGCGAUGAUGCCGAUCUCUGACCUAUUUCCCGCCGCAGGCAUCAAGUUCUGGGACUGCGCCCAUGAGUGCAAUGCUGGGAUGAUGGCAGACGGCUACACAAGAACCACUGGGAAAAUGUCCAUGAUGAUUGCGCAGAACGGUCCUGGCAUCACCAACUUCGUGACGCCUGUGAAGACCGCUUACUGGAACCACACCCCACUGCUCUUGGUCACGCCACAGGCGGCCAACAAGACAAUCGGUCAAGGAGGAUUCCAGGAGGUGGAACAAAUGGCCAUGUUCAAGGACAGCGUUUGUUACCAAGAGGAGGUGAGGGAUGCCACACGCAUUUGUGAGGUCCUGAACAGGGUGAUCGAAAAGGCUCUGCACUGCAGCGCACCGGCGCAGAUCAAUAUCCCUCGGGACUUCUGGACUCAGGUGGUCGAGUUCCCGUUGCCCACGGGAGUCAAGCUGGAGCGCUCUGCCGGCGGGCGCGCAUCGACGAAGAAGGCGGCCGAGCUCCUCUCGCAGGCCAAGUUCCCUGUGAUCCUGAAUGGUGCCGGGGUGAUCCUGGCCAAUGCAGUGGAGACCUCCGUGAAGCUGGCGGAGCGCUUGGCUGCGCCGGUCUGCUGCAACUAUCAACACAACGAUGCCUUUCCAGGUGAUCACCCGCUGCAUGUGGGACCAUUGGGCUACAAUGGCUCCAAGGCGGCGAUGGAGAUGAUUUCAAAGGCAGAUGUGGUGCUUGCCCUUGGCACCAGGCUGAACCCCUUCUCCACCUUGCCAUGCUAUGGCAUCGAAUAUUGGCCGAAGGAUGCCAAGCUCAUCCAGGUGGACAUCAACGGAGACCGGAUCGGGUUGACGAAGCCGGUGGACGUGGGCAUUCAAGGUGAUGCAGGACGUUCAACAGAAGAGCUGCUGGAACAGCUGUCGGCGGAGGCUGGCUCGAUUGGCCGAGCGGAGCGUGAGAAGCUGGUGAAGGAGAAGAAAACUGCCUGGGCACAGGAAUUAGAAAGCAUGGACCAUGAGCUCGAUGAUGAGGGCACCACAUGGAACCAACGAGCGCGAGCAGCGACUCCUGAGAGGAUGUCGCCCAGGCAGGCUUGGCGUGCCAUCAUGCGGGUGAUGCCAAAAGAUGCCAUCAUGUCUUCCGACAUCGGCAACAACUGUGCCAUUGGGAAUGCGUAUCCAUCCUUCCAGUCACCCAGGAAGUACCUCUCGCCUGGUCUCUUUGGUCCUUGCGGUUAUGGUUUUCCCUCCAUACUCGGUGCCAAGGUAGGAAAUCCCUCUGUGCCCGUGGUGGGCUUCGCUGGUGACGGCGCCUUCGGGAUUUCCAUCAAUGAGAUCACGGCCUGUGGCCGGGGCGAUUGGCCGCCGGUGACCAUGAUCGUCUUUCGGAACUUCCAGUGGGGUGCGGAAAAGCGGAACACCACGUUGUGGUACGAUGACAACUUUGUGGGCACUGAGCUCAACAAAGGCGGGUUUUUUAAAAACAACAAAGUGCAUCAGACCCUGAGGUCCGUCUUCCAGACAUCCUCGUCCCUGUUAGGGAUGACGUAUCUGUUUGGACGUGCAAUUGAGACGUUGCUUUUUGAGAGAUUUCGAAGGCGUCAGGAAGAAAUGUCAACCAUGUCAGAUGCAAGCUGCCAUAUUGGACCAAAGUUCUGA